UUGGCCAUGACAAUCAUUUUAUUUACUUUACUAACAGCCGAAAUCACUAACUACUAAGUUUUUUUUUUUAAGUAAAUUGUUUAUUUCGUAUAAUGAUGGAUGAUGCAGGGGAUGAACAGAGGAUUGGAGAUGUGACACACAACGCUGUCUUGGUGACACAAGGGGAGAGUACUGUAGUGUCAGCUGGACAACAAGGGAGGCAAAUCCAGUACGGGAGUGUCAGUGAAAGGGACCAGCCGAGCACAAGUAUCCAGGCCAGUGAUUCUCAUGUUAUAACAGAAUCUCAAUCGCUGGAUCCUAAGCAAUUAGACAGCCACCUACCACCCAUACAAACACUUAUGGCACUCUCCGUCUCCUUUCUGUUCAUCUCCUCUGCAAACAGCGGCAUCCAAAGUCUACAGAGCAGUGUCUAUGAGAAAGACAAUUUGGGGCUCAUUAACAUGGCCUGCGUUUAUGCAGCAACUUUUCUUUCUGUGCCCUUAGUUACGAGUGCCGUGAGAAAAUUCGGAUGCAAGAACCUGCUCUUACUAACCUGGAUAUGCCGUAGUAUUUUUGUAGGUGCCAACUUUUAUCCCAGAUUUUACACCCUUAUCCCAGCCAGUAUCUUAAGUGGUGCAUCUUCCGUUUUUAUAGGAACCACAAGAAAUCUUUACAUCAAUGCCGCGAGCGACAGCUACAUACAAAUUAAAAACUACGCACAAGAAAAGCGGCACCAAAUCCUCAGUAUUUUUUUCGGUGUUUAUUUUGCUUUCUUUGGAGUCACACAAAUCGCAGGCAAUAUGGUGUCAUCGUUAGUGCUGUAUUCAAACGCAGAUGUUCGGUCAAAUAACACGAAAUCGGAGCAUUGUGGAGCAGAGAUUUGCUUUGUUAAUUCUACUGCAAGCAACUUCAUACAACACCCAAGUCAGGAGACGCUCUACAUGCUGUUUGGGGUCUUCCUGGGAUUUGUUGUCAUUGGUUUCUUGGUUACGUUAAUAUUUUUACCGCGCUUCACCCCGCCCCAGCCUGCAGUGGCCAGGUCAGUUUGCCAGGAAAUUGCCAGCUGCUACAAGGUUUUGGCUAAUGUCAAGGUUGAUCUGUUUUUACCUGUCCUGAUGGCACAGUCGAUGAUGCUCAUGAUUAUGUUAACAGGAUUCACAGAAUACUUCAUCACCUGCAGCCUGGGAGUAGAGUGGGUAGGAUUUGUCAUGAUGGCCUACGGAACAUCCACCGCUAUAUUUUCAGCCCUUGCCAACUAUCUGGCUCGCUACUUGGGCAGGAUUUUUCUAUUUUUAACUUUCAUUCUACUGGACAUGGGCCUUCUUUUUUUAAUGCUCUUCUGGAACCCAGGCCAUAAUGGAUCAAAGCUUAUUCUGUUUGCUAUUGCAACAGUUGCUGGACUUACAGAAGGAAUAUCUCAACCACAACUUAACUCCUAUUUUACGGUUCUCGUUGAAGAAAAUUUGACUUCAGCGACUGCAACGUUUAUUAUGGCAAAAAGUAUUGCCUUUUCAGCUUCAUUGGUUAUUUCAACAUUUACUUGUUUUAACUAUCGCGUGUAUGUAGUUAUAGCGCUGUACAGCGUCGGAUUGGUUGGAUACAUUAUUUUAGAGAUUAUAACUCGAAAACGUAAACAUUCAGAUGAUCAGAAAGACAAAGAGCCAUUGAUUAAAGAUGUUAAAUCAUAAUGUGGCGUCA